CUCUCGAGGUGCUCGAGAGGUUCCGUCGCGGAAACCUCGCGAGACUUCGGAGAAUUUCCGCUCCGUUCGAACGGCAUUCGAAUCGGCUCGAGAUUUUCCUCGUGCAUCCCGAGUGAUCCGAGACACGUCCUGUUAGCCGACUCCGCGCUGGCCGGAGCCGCUCUCGGGGAUUUUGAGUCGAGACGAGAACAAGCGGGUCAGAGGUGCGGCUGGGACGACCCGGGAGCACAGGAGCGAGCGAGAGAGAGGGGCUGAGGAAGGGAGAGAGAGAGAGAGGGCACUACGCUACCGCGGACGAUCGUCUUGCAACGCGCUCGUAAAAGUCGUGCUCUUGCCGGAAACACUCUCGUACGUCCGACAGAUAUAUCGUCCACACGCUCGAGCUUAAUGGCAGUUACUUAUUCAGACGGCCGAAAGAGCGUUACUUUUACGAGGACGAGCGAGGUCCGCUCCCGUCGUCGACGAUCCAACGGGAGCCCGCGGACGGCGGUACAAUCAGUGAGAAACGCGUGAUUCGCGUGAAGGACUCAGCCGGCAAAAAGCGGCAUUCGCGGAGGUCGCGCGAGGCGAAGGAACGAGAGGAAAGGGACGGUUUCCUUCGGCGAAGGUACAGGCGGCGGAGGGGGGGGGGAAUAGUGAUAUGAGUGGUGAACGCGGGUUCUUUCGUGACGUUAAACGGCGACCGAGUCGCGAGAGAGAGCCGGAGAGACGCACCAUCGAGUGAUCGGCGCGCGGCGAGGGAGAACUACCGGACGAGGAGGAGGCACGAAGGACGACCAGGAGGAAAGAGUGCGAGAUAAGGAGGAAGGAGAAGGGGUGUUACGGGGAGUGUGUUCUUUUCGGUGGCGCUGAGGGAAGCGCGCGUGCGGCGGCAGAAGAGAGACGGGAAAUAGUGAGACGAGCUGGAGGACGCCCGGGUGGAAAUAGCCUGCAGGUGGGAAGGAAGGUGAAAAAGAAGAUGCGGUGCCAUCCGAUCGUUCUACUCGCCGGCCUGCUCACCGUCGUCCGUGCGCAAGGGGUCCCGCGAACAUUUUCGGCUAGGCCUUACCGAGGAGGACCGCCGUUGCCCACGAGAGCGGUCCUUGAAGGGACGGCCGAGUUGCCGUGCGACAUUCGUCCGCCGCGGCAUAACGACUCCGCUAUCUUGGUCGUUUGGUACAAGAGUGACAUCACGCCGAUCUACAGUUACGACAUGCGCGGCAAGCAUUCGGAGAAGGCGUCGCACUGGAAGGACAAAGAGUACCUGAACGACCGGGCGUUCUUCCGCACGGCGACGGAGCCGGCAACUUUGAGCAUUACCCACGUGCAGGAGAAGGACGAGGGCGAGUACAGGUGCCGAGUGGACUUCACCAAGAGCCCCACCAGAAACUCCAGGAUCCACCUGACGGUGAUAGUGCCGCCGCAUAAGCCGAACAUUAUCGACGAACACGGGAACCCCGUCCCGUCGGUGGCCGGCCCUUACGAAGAAGGCGGUGACAUGAGACUGCAGUGCCUCGUCUCCGGGGGUCGACCCGAGCCGAAGGUGAGAUGGUGGCGUGGCGAAACGCUCCUGGACUCCAAGGACGAGCCGGGCGAGUUCCCGUCGCUGCGCAGGAACACCCUCGUCGUCCACGAGCUGUCGAGAGCGGAUCUGCACGCGGUAUUCGACUGUCAGGCGUCCAACAACAAUAUCAGUCAACCCGUUUCCACGUCGGUGGCGAUUGAAAUGCACCUGAAACCGUUGAGCGUGACGAUACUCAGCAGCGAGCACGCGCCCCUCAGCGCGAAUCGCAAGUACGACAUCAACUGCAUGACGGUCGGCUCGAGGCCGCCCGCCAAGUUGUCCUGGUACAUGGACGGCAACAAGCUCACCAAUCACACGGAGAAGGUGUCGCCGGAUGGCAACAUGACGAGUUCCACCUUGACGAUUCUGCCGACUCUGGAUCACCAUGACAAAAUUGUCACGUGCAGGGCCGAGAAUACCAAGGUCCAACGAGGCAUUGCUGAGGACACGUGGAAGCUCAACGUUUUCUUCGUGCCGAUCCUCAAGCUGCAUCUCGGCAGCAACAUGAAUCCGGACGACAUCGAGGAGGGCGACGACGUGUACUUCGAGUGCGAGGUCCGCGCGAACCCGGGCGCCUACAAGGUCGUGUGGAAGCACAACGGGAACGUGAUUCAGAAUAACGCGAAGAACGGCGUGAUAGUCCAGCAGUACGGGCUGGCUCUGCGAGAGGUGAAUCGGUCGCAGGCCGGAAAUUACACCUGCGUCGCCAGCAACGUCGAGGGCGACGGCUACAGCAACAUCGUGGAGCUCAAGAUCAUGUACAAACCGAUCUGCGUGCCGGAGCAGAAGCGGAUCUACGGGGUGGCGAGGCACGAGGACGCUCGCGUGAUAUGCCGGGUCGAGGCAUAUCCACCGCCGGAGAGCUUCCGCUGGGCCUUCAACAAUACCGAGGAGAUGGUCGACGUGCCGCAAGCGCGCUACAAGAACUCGACCAGACACACCCAGAGCGUCCUCACAUACCGACCGGUCACGGAAAUGGACUACGGCACCGUGCUCUGCUGGGCGAGCAACACGGCCGGCCAGCAGAAGAAUGCCUGCAUAUUUCACAUCAUUCCUGCGGGCAAACCGGAAGCUCCGUACAACUGCACGCUGACCAACCAGACCACCGAAUCACUCUCGGUGGAAUGCACCGCUGGUUUUGACGGUGGUCAGCCCCAACACUUCCUCCUUGAAGUGUUCGAUCAGCACACCGGGGUCCUGCAGGCCAACGUCACGUCCAGAGAGAACGCGGCUUUCACCGUGCAGGGUCUCGAGCCCGGCAAGGUUCUGAAUAUGAUACUGUACGCGGUGAACGCCAAGGGUAGGAGCGACUCCACGCUGUUGGAGGGUUUCACGCUCAAAGUCGCCGAGAAGCAGACCGUGCGCGUUUUGUUCACAGGUACCCCGGUACCCUUCGAGUUCACCCCGCUGCUCGGGGGUCUGAUCGGCGUGGUGACCGCGCUGUUGCUCGUCACCGUCACCAUUCUGGCCGCGCUGAAAAUGCGGAGCGAGAGACGAGCUCAAAGGCCCGGAGAUUUACCUCUGAAGAAAGCCACCGCGCCGAGUUCCGAGGACCUUUACGACGCGGACGACAGGAAUCCGGACGUCGUGCCGACCAACAAAGAUUCAGAUUACCAGCUGACCGGGUCAACGUCCGGCACGCCGUUAGCGACGCAAAACACACCGGACGGUCUUCCGCCGUCGUCCCUUCCGGCCCAGCAGACGAACAAUCACCUGCAAGGACUUCCCGCCUAUUCGCAUAACGACUACAACAAUUACCCGACGUUGCCGCUGUCCGGCGAGGUGACGUACGCGGAACUGUGCCUGGCGAGGCCCACCACCCUGUCGACCCUGGCGACCGACGCCAAAUUGGCGAGCCUCGGCGGAGUCGGCGGUCUGGGUGGUCUUCAGGGUUACGGCAGCGGUCUGGGGGUGAUCGUGGGCGGCAAGCCGUACGCGAAAGAGGCGACGGUAUACGCGUGCAUCGACCACAACGCGAGGCCGGGCAAGAUGGAGGUAUCCAACGCGCCGUCGUGCGCGGUGACCCCCCUGUCGACGGCGGGCGUGCUCCAGGACUCGACCGUCUCCACUAUGAGCGGCGGCAAGCAGCACCAUCCGGCGAGGGAGGUCGUCACUGUCCGCACGCCCCUCAUCUCGACCCAGGAGAGUUGCGUAUAGGGACGCGACUCCGACGCGCUCAACGUCAACGAGUACUACGUCUGAUAUGGCCGCCUCGUGGCGAUCGUGCGCGUCCCAAAACCGACGACGGAUUCCCAGGACUUACCGCUGCUACCACGGCUCCGAGUAACGUCCUCGAGCUCCAGAAGAAGGAUACGUCUGACCGGAUGAAUCUCGCGAGUUUCGUUCCCGGGUACGCGCGAGUGACGCGGGGCCGCGGUGGAAAGAGAGACCUUGCGCCGAGGAUGAGACCACUGAUAUUGCUGCUACUAUUACUAUUACUAACCGGACGAUGACCGUGAAUACACGACGACCGCGGAGAACGAUCGGGUUGCCGCGCUUCGCUCAAUGUUCCCGAGGACAUACGGUAACGAGAAACGUAACAGCCAAGACGACUACGCGGAACACAGUUCGAGAACACGCGGCGGUCCUCUCGCGACCUCUUGCCGAGACAGCAGCCGAUGAUCUAUGAAAGUUCAAGACUGACCGAAUCAUAAUUUUAAAGAAUACGUAUCGAGAGAUAACGACUCCAAUACCCACGACUGCCACCUAAACACAGCGAACGCGCGCUCGUUCGAUUCGAAUUGUGUUUCGCAUUUACAGGGAAUACGGCUGACAGGACGCGCUUUGUCAUACGGAGAUGAAAACCAGGUAAGAGACAAGAUAACCGCGAUAGUGCGCGGAAGAGGAGCACGCCUGACAGAAACGAACCGAUCGAUCCUAACCGAAAGCUUCCCCCGGAAGGGAAGAAGAGGCUCUUUUGGAUUUCGGAACAAGUUCAUGAAAUUCUUUUUUAUAUCGUAGUAAAAAGUAUCUCGAUUACACACACACAUAUACACAUACCGCGCUAUCGAUCGGGGCGAGGCGAAUUCGCUCGAGCACGAGAAUACCCCGCGUAAUCGUUCUGAUUCGAAAGAGGAAGAGAGAAGGAAUAUCGGCUAAGACUCCGCGAAUAUAUUCAGCCGUGAAAGAUCCCGCCGAUUGACUGCACGGCCGAUGGGGCGGAAGGGAACACGUCUAAAAACGUAGGUUCCCCGCGCACUCCGCUGGUGUUCGUACGGCGUGCGCGCAGAGGACGGCGAGAUCGAUGUACCUAUGUCGCGCGCGACGGCGAAUGUAGAUUUUCUAUCCCGUGGAGUAUACUUUGUAUUACAAAGUAGGUACCGGGGAUAAAGGGAGAUCGUUGCGUUGAGUGUAUUUUCGCGGAAUAGCGCGUCUUUAUCGACGAUAUGCGCACUCGGGAGUGUCGUAUCGUGUCGAUUACGUCGCAUCAAGUGCAACGAUCAAUUCCGCGAGGAAGGGGAGGAGAGCGAGAGGCGGAUCCGCGCACGGAGGAGAUCGACUUGUUCCGCGGAAAAUCCCCCAAAUAUUUCCGCACGCGACUCGACGCGACCCGACACAAAGGGAAACAAGUGCGGCGUGUAAAACAUCGGCGUCGUGCUCAUCCGUUCCCCGCGCGGCAUCGUGCACAAAUUAAUUAUCAGGGAAGUAACGAAGUAAUUAAUCGGCCAAUGGCGCCUCGACGAUCGAUUCAUCGAUCUUCCACACGCACGGACACGCGUGUAAUUGCAGCGCGCGGACGACGCGUGAAAAUUCCACCGCGUAUGUAAGUUGAAACUCGCAGCGUGUCGCGCGUCGAUGUCAACUGAUUAAUUAAACUCGGCCGCACAUUCAGCCCGACUUACUUAGAGGCAGCGCGCACGCGGGAACUUACGAGGCGAGAGUAAAUUUGCCGGCUAUAAAAUAAGCGACUAUCGAUCUCUUCCGGCGCGCGUCCGACCGCCGAAGCCGUUCGUUACCUUUCCAUCGUUUUACAUCUCUCUAGUCUAUUUGUACGGCUUUUCUUAUCCGACGCGCGUGCGAACGCGCCAGGAACGUUUCUCGCGUCGAUGUGUUUCUCGCGCGCGCCCGAAACCAAACGAAACGCGCGCGAGGACUUUCCUUCAAGACGUAUACCUGACGUACACCGAUGUCCCGGUUACGCGUGUGUGAGAACGUUGUAAAUAGCGACUACUCCUCGUACGCGAGGACACCGAAUAAAUCUAGAUUAAUUAUCGAAAUUACCGUGUGCGCUGAUCGAAAGAGAGAGAGAGAGAGAGAGAGGGCGUGCUCUGCGCUUCGAAGAUAUGUAUAUUAAUUAAACAAACGUACCUUGUACAUUGCGCAUCGUUCACUAGCGGCGAGCAACCGCGCGUUAUCCUCGUAAUUAAAUUUGAGUUCGGUCGGAGGACAGUUUGCGACGGGAUCGUCAUUCGUACCGUGAACAGAGACAAUAACGUUGCAGCGCGUCGUUAAAUUAAAAGCGGCCCGCGAACGAUCCGAAUUAUAUCGCGCAGUGUUACUCGAAACUUAAUUAAAGCUUAAACUCCUUCCUUUUUCCUCUCUCUCUUGGAAUAUUGGCAUUAAGCAAUUUGAAUAAUACUCUGUUCUUUUCUUUUUUUUUUCUUUUUUAUUAUCGGUUAUCGACUUUUGCAUCGUCGACGAGCUCUCGCUUGCGAUCGCACGUAUCAUCAGAUCAUUAGAGGGGAAGUGCCCGAGGCUGGAUCGAAAAUACGCCCGAGGAGAGAUGACUUAUUCCAAUAAUAAGAGCGAUAAUAAUUUUACGGAUGCGGAUCUCGCGCGCGUGCGUGGGGGCCUCCGCACAGGUUCACAUCGAGUCGCGCGACACACUAAACGCGAUAUAAUUCAUCGUUUAGCGGCCGAUUUAUCUUCGCUCCCCGCCGAUCCCUUUACGAAAUAGACUGACGUGACGUGCGUUAUUUUACGACGAAAUCCUCCGGACAAACCUGUGUCCCGGGACUGCCAAAACGCGCACAACUCCCGCACGACUGCCAUGUCGCAUUCAUUUUCAUUAAGUUCGUCGAGAAAUAACGAAGAGCGAUCGGAGAAAUAGUACCUUUCGCGCGUCGCUGUACGUUGUGCACCGUACAAAUGUACACGCGUGUACAUCUUAGAAAUACACACACACACACACACACACACACACAUAUAUACACAUACAUCGAUCCUCGUAGCGUUUACGCGCGGCGGAGACAGUGUAAAUACCCUGUAUAUAAGGACAUCGAGAAAAGAGAGAGACUUUAUUCGCGAGAGAUGCCCGAGGUUAAACCCCCUACGUCUUCUUCGAGGGACGACGGAACAGGCACGAAGGAUCGUUAUCGACGGAUCCGUUAACGGCAUUACGAGGUACGUUCUACCAGGGAAAUGUAUUGAGCGGUACCGUGCCGGCGGUACACGCGAAAGGAGGAGGAUAAUGAUCCUAGCGCGCGAAUUCUCCUCGCCUUAAGUAGAACCGCUCGGAAUUUUCGGGAUUAUUACGUCGCGCCAAUCGUAUCUUUAAUUUCUCCUUUAAUUGUGACGAUUUUCGUUUUAUUUCUUUUUUAAAUUGUAUAUCACUUCUCUUUUCCCGAUUCUAAUUGAUAUUACUAACGUUAAUUAACGUGCAACGUAAUCCGUUAUCGACCGUCGUCGCCGUCGUCAUCGGUCGACGAGCGCGAAGAAAGUCGUGACGUAACGUGAGCGUUCCUUCGUAUACGCCCCCUUCGUAAUUUGUAAGAUAUAUGCUCCGAUGUACAGCGCCGAUAUUUUUUCAGAGUGUGCGUAAUACAAUACCUCCGCGUAUAUCGUGAAGUCUCGAGUCGCGCGCCCAAUUAGGCGGGCGCCCGUUUAAAGGGCGGAACUGUAUAAUUAAACGAUCGGAUUGCGAUUAAUGGUCAGACAAAGAAAUAAAGAUAUGUAUAUGUACGUGUACGUAUGUGUAUAUGCACGUGUGCCUGGUAUGCGUGCGUGUGAGCGCGAAGAUGCGAAUCUAUCUUUCACCGUGUGUACGUGUGUGUGUGCGUGUGUGCAUGCGUGUGCACGUGUGUACGUAUCAUGCGAUUGCGGUAACUCUGCGACCGAAAAAAACUCCAGGAUUCAAAGUAAUAAAGAAAGAUAAAAGAAUAAAGAUAUAUAUGUGUGUGUAUGUACGAAUGUGUGUGCGUUUUUCUUGCUGUCUCAUGAUUUUUCUCUCGUGAAUUAUCUCACCGGUGCGGAGGUGCCAUUUGCGUUAAUCUCGCCGCAUUUAUCUUGGGCAAUCGACAAUAUCGAAUACGUCGAGGUAAUUUCGGUUCUCGCACGCGUGUGCGCGCGCGAAAGAGAGAGAGAGGAAGAGGGCGUUUUCGACGGACGGACCGACGGAUAAACGGACAAACGGAUCGAUAGUUUGAGAUACAAUUUAUAUACGACUUAUUUCCAUUAAAGUCGCGCUUUUCCUACACCCCUUUACAGCCGGAAGAAUAUCGCACGGUUAUCUUCCCGAUAAGAGGAUUCUUCAGGAAUUCACGGAAGGGUUGAAACGGGUCGCUCCUCUCUUUUUCUUACGGAAGCAUCCGGCGGCGCUCGAACGAGAUCGAAGUGGACGAAGGAAAGAAAAUUAUUCCUCGAGUGCUUCGCGAUUGAAUCCACGUAAGAUCGAUUUUCCUCCCGUUUCACAAAAGGGCACCCUUAAUAUAUAUAUAUAUAUAUAUACAUCGCGAGCCGAACUGUUCUUUCCCUCGGUAUUGUGCCGCUCUUUCGCGCGCGCGAGAUGUGCUUUAAUAUAAAAUAUUAUCUUCCGUUCUUUCGCAUAACGAUACAAUUUCCCUACAUAAUUACUACGUCGUUCUCCGAGAGUUCGCUGCAAUCAUAAUUAAACAAUACUUUUCGUCUUCUUAGAUUUGCAAGUUAAGAUUCUCCCUAUUGUUUCCGAUGAGAUUCAAAGAGGUCACUCGCUCUCCCUACGUAAUUGCUUUAGGAAAAAUGAGACCAAGGGAAAGAGAAAGGAAGAGGAAGAGAGAGAGAGAGAGAGAGAGAGAGAGAGAGA